AUGGGGAGGGGGGUGACAAGGACGGGGACAUGGGGACAGGGACAAGGACAGGGCCGGGGCCACCGCAGGUACCCCCACGCCCGGGAGCUGCCGACGCUGAUCCGGGUGAGCGUGGAGAGCGGGCGCAUGACCCACCACCACCCCACCGGGUACCUGGGGGCGCUGGCCGUGGCCCUUUUUGGGGCGCUGGGGGCGCGGGGGGAGCCCCCCGAGAAGUGGGGGGCCGAGCUGCUGCGGGUCCUGCCCCAGGCGUGGGACUACGUGGAGAGCACCGGGGUGGCCGUCGGGGACAACGCCGCCGCCUGGCCCUUCUUCGGGGACGCCUGGCGCCGGUACCUGGAGUCCCGGGGGCUUCUGGAGGGCUCGGGCCCCCCACGGCUGCCGGCGCUGCCGUCCCCGGCCGAGCGGGACGCCGAGUACCUGGGCUGGGCGCUGGGGGGGUGGCCGGGGCGCAGCGGCCACGACGCCCCCAUGGUGGCCCUGGAGGCGCUGCUGGCGGCCGGCGGGUGCUGGGCCACCCUGUGUCACCGCGGGGUGCUGCACGGCGGGGACAACGACUCCACCGGCACCAUCGCCGCCGGCUGCUGGGGGCUGCUGGGGGGGCUGGCAACGGUGCCCCCCGGGCUGCACUGCGGCCUCGAGUACCGCGGGCGCCUGAGCGCCGCCGCCCGGCGCCUCCACGAGUUGGCCUGGGGGGGGGGCCUGACCCCCCCAACCCCCCAAAAGAACCCUGGGUCCUUGGUGGCACCCAGCAGGAAAUAUCGG